AUGCCUCUUAUCACAAGCGAUCAAGCCACAGAAGCCGCCUUGAGGCAGGACGGCAUCAUCCCCGACGUGCUCGACUCCUUCCACUCCAAGACCCUCCUCAUGGUCAGCUAUGGAUCCAACAAGGAAGUCGCUCUCGGCAACACACUCUCCGUUCAAGAAACCCAACAAGCUCCACAGGUCUCCUUCCAAGCGGAAUCUCCCAGCGACCAGUACACUCUCAUCAUGGCGGACCCUGACGCACCCAGCCGAAAGGACCCCACGAUGCGAGAAUACCGCCACUGGGUCGUCGCCAACAUCUCGGGCACAUCCGACUUUCAACCCGCCAACGUCGCCCAAGGAGCGGUCGUGUCGCCCUACAUGGGACCCGCACCCCCAGCUGGCUCAGGACCUCAUCGAUAUGUCUUCCUCCUCUACAAGCAGACGCCUUCGACCAACAUCUCGGCACUCACUACUCCUUUGGCUCCUCAGCGACAGGGGUUCAAGGCCAAGCAGUUCUCGUCCCAGGCUCAUCUUGAGUUGGUUGGUGCCAACUACUUUUUUGCUGAGAACCUGUAA